UCAAAGUAGUCGGUGCUAAACAUGGCGGCGGCCCUGGCGGGGAGGAGUGUGGGCGGCUGGGCCCGGCACCGCGUCUGCCGAGGGUUGCUGCUGGGGCGCCGGAGCUGCGCCGGAGCCUCGUUGGACGAUACGGUGAACGGGCUGAGCGAGGAGCAGCAGCAGCUUAGGCAAACCAUGAUCAAGUUCUGUCAGGAGCACUUGGCUCCAAAGGCACAAGAAAUUGACCAGCAGAAUGAAUUCAAAGGCAUGAGGGAUUUUUGGAAGAAGCUAGGGGAGCUAGGAGUUCUGGGAAUAACUGCUCCUGUUGAAUAUGGUGGAUCUGGGAUGGGCUAUCUUGACCAUGUGUUGGUGAUGGAAGAAAUUUCUCGGGUUUCGGCAGCAGUUGGGUUGAGCUAUGGUGCCCACUCUAACCUUUGCAUCAAUCAGUUAGUGAGGAAUGGCAACGAAGCACAAAAAGAGAAAUAUCUGCCUAAGCUUAUCAGUGGAGAGCAUGUUGGCGCUCUAGCCAUGAGUGAAGCCAACUCUGGUUCUGAUGUGGUCUCCAUGAAGCUGAGGGCAGAUCAAAAAGGGGACUAUUUUGUUUUGAAUGGUAACAAGUUCUGGAUUACUAAUGGGCCAGAUGCUGAUGUUCUAAUAGUUUAUGCUAAAACAAAUCCCAGUGCUGUUCCAUCUUCUCAGGGUAUAACUGCAUUUAUUGUAGAGAAGGGAAUGCCUGGUUUCAGCACGGCUCAAAAGCUUGAUAAGCUGGGGAUGAGAGGGUCAAAUACCUGCGAACUGAUCUUUGAGGACUGCAAGAUUCCCGCUAAGAAUGUCUUGGGGCAGUUGAGCAAAGGAGUCUAUGUAUUAAUGAGUGGCUUGGAUCUGGAGAGACUUGUAUUGUGUGGUGGACCACUAGGGAUCAUGCAGGCCGUCCUUGAUCAUGCUUUGCCUUAUUUACAUGUGAGAGAAGCUUUUGGCCAGAAAAUUGGCCAUUUCCAGCUUAUGCAGGGUAAAAUGGCUGACAUGUACACACGGCUGAUGGCAUGUCGACAGUAUACCUACAAUGUAGCAAAAGCUUGUGACCAAGGACAUUUCAAUGCAAAGGACUGUGCGGGAGUGAUUCUCUACUCUGCAGAAUGUGCUACUCAAGUCGCUUUGGAUGGAAUCCAGUGUCUGGGUGGAAAUGGUUACAUCAAUGACUACCCCAUGGGCCGUUUUCUGCGAGAUGCCAAGCUAUAUGAAAUUGGGGCAGGAACAAGUGAAGUGCGAAGAAUCGUCAUUGGUCGGUCAUUUAAUUCUGCCUUUAAGUAACAGCUCUGGAGAAGUUCUAGUGUUCCUCAAACCAACAGACCUUGGAGUUCCAAGACUGUAAAGCGCACAAGUACUUUUCUGUUCCCCAUACCAGUUUGGCCGCCUCUGUUUGACUCUUGAUCUUUAGCUCUCUGUACAAGUGCUGCGAGAUUUGUCUUAAGAAUGUGAUUAUAUUGCAAUGGAACAGACUGAGCACUUCAGGUGGAAUCUAUAAACAUUUGCUCCCAUGUCUACAGGAAAUGACUUUUUGAACUGUUAACCAGUGAUCUGUUUCCAAGAAUCAUUAAAAUAGAUCCCCCCCCCCAAACACAUUGCAAACCCUAUAUAUUACGGGACUUUAUGGGAUCCUGGCAACAAGUUUAAAGCUUAAGAUCAUGAUCCUAAAAUGUGAUGCAAGGUUUCUUUUUGAUUGUGCAUUCCUUUUCCCGUUUGGUGCUUCCUUAGGUAUAUUAGUACCAUUUGAUACCUUAACUGCUUUGACAGACUUUCUCCUUGUAAUUGAUUCAUGUGGAGAUCUUUCACUCUGGACGUAGCUGAAUGUCAAAACACUACAUUGAGGCAGCUGUGAGUGAACUGAGAAUGAGGAGGAGGUGGCAGCCCAAUUGGGAAGGAGCAUUUUUGGUAAGGAUCUGGUGGCACACGCACACUAUACAGCUGGCUAAAAAAAAGCACAGGGAAAAGAGGACAUAAUAAAAUGAAUAGCAUUUUAGAGUAGUUCCCAUCAUCUCAACAAAUGAGGGUAUGGAUUUCACUGGGCCUUUUAAAAACCAAGAGACAACAGCACAAUACAAUUUCCACAGAUCUAAAACUUGGACAAAAUUGAAAGUCAGUAGAACUUAAAUAUGUGCCAGUGGCUUGCUUGGUUGUGGGGUCUUCCUGUUCAAAAGAGAGAGAUUCAGAGGAAUUACCUUGAAUUCCCAGGCUGAUAUCUUCUGUACAUAUGAAGACUGGAAAGGGUCGGUAGCUCUUAGAAACCAGUGGAGGGACUUUAUUGAUUAAAGUCAGUUUAUGAAUUGCUGCCAGAAAAGAUUAGCGUACACUUUAAAGAUAAGGAAGAAACAGCACAAUGAGUGAACAGAUGAGAUUUACAUUAGAAUUAUAUGACUACCUGACUUCAUGCAUUUCUUUAUUUACAGUCAUUUGACCAAUCAUAUAACAUGGUUACACUAAAAGAAAAUUCAAGGCAUACAAUGAAACACAUAAAACAGUUUAAGAAUUAAAAUCUAAUUACAGUACCAUAUAAUUUCUGAGACCUGUAUAUCACCAAGCAUAUCUGGCUACUUGAUAGGUAAUCUUGGCAUUCGUAACGUAAUGCAGAAGGAACGGCCAAACAUCUUGCCAAGAUGAACGCUCUUCUGAAAGACUACCUGACUAUGAUGUGAUCUUUCUCAUAGAGUGUAUUAAAUUAUCUGACUGGAGGGGAAAGCAAGACCUUAUCCACACAUUUAAGAGAUUGCUCUCAUCAACUUGUUUGCCGCAAGCAGGCCAGAACAAUGUUUUCCAUUCCAAUGGCAACACUAAACAGUCCUCUCAAUUAUUUAAAAUUAAGUUCAAGCAAGCUGUGCAAGUGCUACACAGUUCCUCCCUUGCCCAGGUAAAUGGCCCAUCUGAUCUGGGGGGAAAUUUCUUUGCUCUGAAUUGGGUUAUCAGUUAGUGGUGAUCAACACCUACCUGCAAUCUAGGACCUACACUGAAUUUUUUAAUACAUCGAUCUUCCCUCUUUUUUCCUUUUUUAAAAAAAGCUUAAAAGAAAAUCGUGAUGGUAUUGCUGGAUCCAACCAAAUUUAGGUCAGAACACAACUCAGUAGAUUUUCAUGCACCAGUUGUUGUUAGACCCAGAAUAUGAAAACAGUACUGCCAUUGAAUUUCCCAAAAAAUCCAGACUGUAAUGUGCGUUUGAGAUUGCUCUUAGAGCAGAGGUAAUGCUUGGACCCUGAGGCUGUUUAGCUUAAAGGUAAGAUGGCCAACUGGAUAGGAAAACUGUUCCUUUAAGAGAGGCUUAGUGUGUGGAAAUGGGCUUUUCAUGGUAUGGAAGUAGUAACAUCACCUGGUAUUUACUUAAGAUAAAACUGAUAUUAAAGGGACAGCUAGGGGUACCAGUUUAAAAGCUGGCAACCAUACUCAUAGGAUCUUUUUCAAAUUCUGAAAAUACUAGCUUUUUUUAAAAAAAAGCCUGAUCAGAAAUGGGAAAAGUAUUUCUAAUAGGCAUUGAAAAGUCAUCUGUGUAUAUAUGUUGCAUUUAAGUUACUGGGAAGAAUUGGAGCAGGCUUCCUUAAAGACAACAGAAUGCUGUGGUGGUGAGUCAUAAUUUUGUUACCCAGCUUGGUCCAGAAUGCCAGUGAACUAAAGAUAAAACAGGGCUGUCCAAGAGAUUAAAAACAUCCAAAGUGCUUUUACUAAAGUUGCCACCAAACUCUUAAGAUGCUCGUCUUUACAUGCUAGCUUCACCUUACAUGAAAACCCAUGGUCUCACUGGUCAAUAGUAAAUGGACCAUGAGAUACGAUACAUAAGAGUCAGGGGCAUCUCUGGGUGUUUCCAUGUGAUGAAUACAUUGAGCAAUUAGUUCAAAAAAGUUAUUUCCAAUCUGUUUUGCUGAGGUAAAAUAUUGAGGCAAUUCCUGGCUAACAGGUGUUUGAGACUGUACUAAAGUCAGUGCACUAUUUCAGUACAAAUAAAACCUCUGUUCUUGGGUUUAGGAUCAGCGAUAAACAUAUCCUGUUUUGCCCAGUGGGAGGCAGGUGGAAACUUCAUAUAUUUGCUGACAUUACAUCACCAUAACUAAGAAGCUACAGUCCUUGCAGCCCGUACCUUGGUCCUGCAUAGGUGGAAAAGAUGGGACUUUCCUUAUUCUAGAACAUUAUAUGUACACGCAGCAGCCCCACAUAUGCAAUUGUGUUGCUUCUACAGCAGCAGGCCUCUGCUAACCAGCCGAGGCCAAUUGCACUUCUCUUCAUUAUACUCCUUAUGGCAACUUGCAAUGAACAUUCGAACAACAAUCUUGUUAAGACAGCUGAGAUGUGCAGAAAGCAGUUCUCCUUUGCACCCUGCUGUUGCAGGAGCCCCUGUGGCUUGCUGGCAAUGGCAGGCACUGCCCUUUCUGAGGAAUCAGCAUGCAGAAAAAUGAGAGAGGUUUAACUUCAAUAUAAAGGAACUAACAACUGUGAAGGGGAAGACAAAACCAUCCUUGAGCAAAGCAGACAAUAUUGUGGGGGCAGAAGAGGGAGUGCGGAUUACUGGUAGCCAAGCUGGGCUCUCUCCUCGCACCUGCUGCUUGCUGAAAGGCUAAUGGUGGGGCCCAGUUGUCUGCCUGAAUGGGGUAAAAAAAGCCUAUACUUAGUGCUGUAACCAAAGAAAUCAGGCACCUUAUCCACACAUGGAAGGGCAUAUAGCAGGAAGGGACUGGGAGAUACUACCCAAAGACGAGAAUAGCAAAGGCAAGUUGCCUCACACCAUUCUUAAACACCUGGUAUUCCAUAGUAGGAUAUAUUAGCUGCAGUGUUUAUGUUUGCAGAUAAAUGGAUAGGUGUAGCAUAUGCCAUGAAGGAACUUCUAUGAAAACCCACAAACAUCACAAGCACUUUGCGUGAUCAAGGCUCACUGUAACUUGUUUGUAAGACAACAGCUGAAAGCUGCUUACAUGUGUUGUGAUUUGGACUACGCAGUCUGUGCACUGGUCACUGAGUGCUACUGGAGUGUAGGCUAUCACAGCUGUUUGGAGCAGCUUUCAUUGUUGUGGCCUGAGAAAGCAGACAAACGUCUCUGCUCAACCUCUGUCCAUUGUUUUCUGGGGGUGCCCAGGGAGUAGGUAAUGUUUCUUUGGGGGAAACCUUGAAGGAAGCAGUCACGAGACCACUCCUGAAAAAGUCCUUUGUGGAUCCUAAUAAUUGUAAUGCAGGUAAUUAGAUGGUGCAUAACUCUAUUUCUUCUUUCAGCUGAUGCAUGUCAGGUGGUGAAUGGUCAGAGUAGGCGAUUUGAAAGUUGUGAUGGGCGAGGACUGAUAAACUGAAGCUCAGUCCAGAUAAAAUUAAGAUGGUUUAGGUUGCCAAAAGUAAGCUGUCAGUUGCACUCCCCUUGAAAGAGCAGCUUUGCUGCUUGGGAGAGGUAUUAGAUCCACAGAUGGUGGUUCCUCUAGUAUGGUAUUGCAAUGCAUUUGACGUAGGGCUGCCUUUUUAAAAUACUGUCCAGAAAUUUCAGAAUGCAGCAGCAAGGUUGCUGAAGGGACCAAGUUAUUAAGAACAGGUCUUACCAGUUUUGAAAAAAUUUCAGUGACUUCCAGUUGAUUUCCAGGCACAACUGAAGGUGCAGGUAAACAACCAGGAAUUAGGUGGUCCAAAGGACCACCUGCUCCCUUAAGAACAUACCCACUUACUGAGAUCUUCAGAAGGAGAAUUGUUCUGUGCACCCUUGCCUGCUGAAGUAAGGCAUAUGGCUAUCAGGAACGGGGCCUUUUCUGUUAUGGCAUCCCAAUUGGUGGAACUGUCUCACCACGUACUCUUUUUGGUUGUAGGCACCAGGUGAAGAAAUUUUUAUUUUUCCCCAGCAUUUGGUGAUGGAAGGGGGGGGGGAGGUUGGUGGAGAAGGUGUGAUUAUCCUCUGACUAUGACUGCUUUACUAUAUUGGUUUUGAUUACUGCUUGUUACAAUUGUAUUGAUUUCAUGUUUGGGAUGUAAUUAAUUUAACUGUGCUUUCGACUUGGGAACUUUUCUGUUGACAGGCAGCAUAAAAAUAUUUUGAAUUAAAUAUAUAAAUGUAAUGGUAGCAAACUAAAUAUGUAUUCCAAUUUUACAACACUAUCACAAGGUAUAUGGUGCAAUAUCACUACUGACCAGGAAACGGAUGAAUGAAUCCCAUGGUGGGAUACCAAUGGGAAAAAAUGCCAGUUUGUUGAACAAGCAAUUGGCUUCUUGACUAAUGUGUGAUCUGUAAAAUGUCUUGCGGUACAUUUUUAGAAAAUGUUAACUGAUUUUCAGGAACCCAAGAUAUACACCAAACCACAACCAAUUAAACAAACGGUGGCAAAAAUCA